AUGCCAUAUUCAUUUCAACCACCUCCUUAUUCUUCUACUCCAACGGGUAAUGAAAGUGGAUUAACAGUGUUGAAGCCACUCCAAAUACAAAAGAUUCAACUCCAACUCCUUAUUGGGGUAAAAUUUCAAGUAGGAGGGAACACUGGAUCUGGGAGCAGUGGAUCGAAUAGAUCCCGUGAGAGUGAUGCAAGUGAUUCCAGUUCUGUAGGAUCGGUUGCUCGUCCAAUGGGGAGAGAUGCAGCUAAAGAAAAAGGGAAAAAGAAAGGUAAGGAGUUGGAACGAUUGGACAAAAUAACCAUGAGGCAAGAGGAGGCAAACCAAUUAAUGACAGAAAGAACAGAAGCUAAGAAGAUGAAGAUGUAUCUAAAGCUAAGUGAAAAAGAGCAUCUUGAUGACCGAAGUAAAGAGUUGUUGGAGAAGUUGAGUCACGAUCUAUUUGGAAAUUAACUAUUCUCAAUUGUCUGGUUUGA